AUGGGAAGCUCCACCCUCUUCAAAAGCCUUCCAAAGUUUGGUCAUUUUGGGGCAGCAGUCAUUGCAUGGAGAUCACCCACUUCCAACACUUCCCUCCGUUUCGCUUCCAACCCCAAAUUUAUUCAUACAAAUCCACCACAAGAUGGGUCAGAAGCCAAAGAUGCCAUAAACCCAGAGGCAAAUGAAGGAAUGACAUCGGGUGAACAAAUGAUGCAGGACAAGGCUUACUCUACUGCAGAACACGUGAGUGAGAAGACAAGGGAUAUGGCAGGGAUGCUAAGUGCAAGAGCGCAAGAGGUAUCGGCAAAGGCAAAGCAGGCAAUGGAAGCAGCAAAGGACUCAGCCCAUAGGGCAAAGGACUCAGUGGUUGAGACUACCAAAGACUCCAAGCAAUUUGUCAAAGCCAACGCAAAGACCGUUGAGAAGUGCAUGAACACCAAGAACCGUUCUUAAUUUCCCUUUUUUUCCCUUCUAAUAAACCCAUAUAGACCUAUAUGGAAUUUUUUUCAAUCCAA